CACGGGCAGAAUUUUAACAAGUCGUUGGAAUGCCUAAUUAAGUCUGUUAUCCCUAAUAAUGUCAAAAAUCAAAUUUUAGUAAAAAUGUCGAACCUGUUAGACGAGAAUUUCUUUUACAAUAGUAUGUUGGCUAAAGCAAUCUUAACACUACUGCCUCCUGACGAGCGCAAGAUUUUGCGAACAUGGUUCGAUAGAUUGCUGACCAUGGACAAAACGAUCAAAGAAAAAGAGAAUAGAAACGAGUUCAUGUGGUUCAUCCUUUUAAUGCUGCAGGUCAGGAAAAUUCGCGAGCCUUUUAACAAAGUGCCGCCAGCCGAAAUUGGACAAUUACGAGACGUAGUGAGUUCUAGAGUUUACGAAGAGGUUUUGGUAGCCAAUGAUGAGAACAUGUUUACUGAAGAGAAACAAGAUGACAAGAAAGCUAGUAGUCAGCAGUCCGCGCCUGCGCAUUUCUACAAUAACCAACCGACUCCUCACGAAGGAAUAAUCUGUUAUAUGUCGGCAUUUAGUGACAGAGGUUUUUGAUUCGUUGUAUUCCUUUUUUUAAUUAAAACAAUUUUGAUUCGAUGGUUUAUAGUUAUUUUGUAACAGCAUCACCAUUUUUAUUAGUUACCUAGUUACCUAACAAUAUUUGUUACCUUAUAAAUAGAACCUUAGCAGAAACAUUUAUGUGUUAACUCGAGUUAUAUACUAUACUUUUCUACGG